AUGAAGGCGACUUCGAGCAAGGCGACGCGGCCCAGCGAGCCUAGUGCUCCAUUGGAGAAGAGGAAGAAUCCGAUACCUACUCCAGCCCCGGUGCCGACGACCAACCGUUUCGGCCCAUUGUCUGACGACGAGGAGACAGACGACGAGGAGUUGAUGGCGGAAGUCAUCAAAAAAGUCAAGGCGAACGAGAGGAGGGUGCCACCAAUCAUCCUCACUCAUCCAAACUCACGACAACUGAAGGAAUGCGUAUCCAAAAUUACGAGGGAGUUCGAGAUCUCAGUCAAUAAACAAGAUCAUACCAGGAUCACCAUGAAGUGUAAAACCCUUGAGGGGCAUCGUCUACUGCUCCAAUCUCUGCGCGAAGAUGGAAGUGUACCUUUCCAUACUUUCUUGGAAGAGGAAGAGAAAUUUUUCAAGGUCUACCUGUCUGGCAUUUACCACUACAAAGAGGAGGAGAUCAAGGAGCUUCUCAACGCCCAAGGUGCUAAAGCCCAGAAAGUGGUGAAAUUCACCACUAACCACGUCAAAGAUGGAGCAUACAUCGCCCACUUCAAGAAAGGAGACACAACUGUCCAGGCGCUCUCCUUGAAAAUCCCCGGACUCAAUGGUUACAAAGUCCGAUGGUCCAGAUUCAACAAGAAGAAAGGAUCCCUCACGCAGUGUUUCAACUGCCAGCAAUUUGGCCAUGCAUCAUCAAAAUGUGGAUACAAACCAAGAUGUGUCAAAUGCCUCGCUGACCACCCACAUGGUGAGUGCCCAAGGAAGAUCCGCGAGGGUACCGCAAAAUGCGUAAACUUCGAGGGGGACCACGCCGCCAACUAUAAGGGAUGCGCAAAGUGUAAGGAAUACAAGUCAAAUCGUCUAAGGAUGAUCCAGAAUGCCAAAUCCCGCCAAGCUGAUAAACAACAGCAGAAAUACGUUCCAGCUCCAGCCCCUGCUACUAACGCGUGGAUUAGAAACGAGGAAGGCAAAGCUCCAGCAAAACCUACUCCAGCCCAGCAGGACAUACAAACCCAGCCGCCACCUAACGUCGCUUCAUUGAUAACUGGAAUACCAACGAAGCUGAGCAAAUCUGAUUGGGAUGAAGCCAUAACACUCGCCCAGCGAAUGAUUCAGCUGGUUGAAGGCGCCAAGACAGCAAAGGAACGCGCUGCUAUUAUCUUCCAUUUCCAUGUCUACGGAGAUCUCAACAUCUUUAAACCUCAUCAUGAUUAA